GGGAGGGGACCACUGCAGUGAAAAGAAAUAGAAAAGGAAAGACAACAACUUUACGGCCGGAAACAAGGGUGACACUGGGAUCAAGGAAGUCCAAAGUUUUGACAGCAAGGGUUAUUCUGAGAGUGCAGGUGGGGCAGAAGAUGCAGAACAUAGCUCAAGUGUGAAAAAAAUAAAGCAAACCAGUAAAUCAAAGAGGAAGACUGUCGAAAUUCAAAAAGAUGAUGAGACCAAGUACAGGGUCUUUGAGGACAACACUGCAACCUCAAAGCAAAAAAAGAAAACUAAAGAAAUAGCAGAAACUACAGAAUCCCAGAACACAAAAGUAAAGACUAAAAAGAAGAAAAAGGGGCAACCAGCAUUUGUUGUAGUGGCCCUGAAAACAACUCAAGCCCAGGGGUCCCCAUCCUCCUAAGUCUGGCCCUGGAAAACCUCGAACACAGGAAGUAGAAUGGAAAGCAAUUCGAGUGGAUGAGUCAGAGAGACAGACCCCUGAGACCUAUGAGAGAGAGACUUAUGAAGAGUUCUAUUAUGCAACCCAUCAGAGAGAGGUGCUGUCCCACAACACAGAUGAUGAUGAUGAUGAACUAGACAAGAGUGUUUCACAAGAGCAAAAAUAUACUGACUCUGAGGAUGACAUGGAUGCUGACACAGACUCAGUCAGUACAGAGGCGCAUGAAGCACAAGACUCUCCCAGAUCAGCAUACACCGCUCAAAGAUCCCAUUAUUCCCAGUUUUCAGUGCGGUCACAUCCCAGCACACACCAACUCUCACAGAGCUCUCACAGAACUACCUCAGUGGGGAUGGUGGCCCAAUGUAGCCCAGCACCUCUUUCCCUCAUCCACCUACCCCCUCAGACAGCACAACAUCCUGCCACUGACCCCACCAAAUCUCAGUCAGGCAACAAUGUAAAAAGCAGUGAGGAGCCAAAUGCCAAAAAGCAAGUAGACACAAAAGCCGCCGCACUGGCUAAAAGGGCCGAGCGGCAGCGUUUGGAGGUGGAGAGAAAACGAAAAGGGAAAGAGGAAGAAAAGAGGAGACAGCAAGAGAAAGAGGCAACAGAGGAGAGGGUGAGGAUGGAGCUGGAAGAGGAACAAAAUAAGAGAGCAGAUGAGGCAAGGUUAAGAAAGAUUAGAGAAGAGGAGGAGAGACAGAGGAGACAAAGGGAAGAGAUGGAGAUACAGAGGAGAGUGCAGGCAGAGAAGGAAAGAGAAAGACGACGACAGGAGGAGAAGAAGAGGCUGGUGGAACGGCUCCAGAAAGAAAGACAAGAUGAGGAGAAACGGCAGGCUGCUGACCUGGAACGUAAACGUUUGGAGGAGAAAGCUGGGGAAGAGGAAGAGCACAAGAAGCUCUUAGAGAUGGGGGAGGCUGAGAGACUGGGGUAUCUGCGCAGACGGAAGGAAGAAGAGGAGGAGAGGAGAAAGGCUGCAGAGGAGAGGAAAAGGAGGGAUGAAGAAGCAGCGAUGCGAGCUGAAGAAGAGGCCAGACUGCAGGCUGAACUGUUUGCCAGGCAGAGGGCAGCAUUGGCGCAGCACCUUAAGUUUCAUCGAGGUCUGUUUGUGGAGGCUGGAGGGCUGGACCAGACACAGGAUAUCUCUCGUCCCUGGGUUUUCUCCUAUUUUGCAUUGCUGAAGCUGCUUGGCUUGAAUCACACAUCUGCUCAUGAAGACGCACUCACAGAUAUACUUUGAUAUUUUUAUUUAAACCAAUAAUUUCUCACCAAUACUUUCAACUAUUGGCUCAGAUAUGCUUUUUCAUCUAAUGAACAGUUUUGACUUGAGUAAAAUAAUAAAUUGCUGGAUUGUUCACAAUGUCAAACUGUGUAUCUGUGUAUAUCUUCAACAGAACUUUAUGUUGUCCUAACUCAAGGCACAGUUUCUUUUUUAUAUAAUUAUUUAUUUUAAGUUUUUCUGUAGCAGAGAUCAGGAUAAUCAUACAUUUCUUAGUGUCAUUAAAAUAAAUUGUGCUUACAAUUGACAAAGAAUAAUGUCCAAUAUCAUCACGUGUGGUCAAAAGUAUCCUCAUGGAACAUGAAUUCACUUAAUAUCCUAAUGAUUUUUGGCAUAAAAGAAAAAUUUUAUAAAGUUAAUUUUGACCCAUCCAAAGUUUUUUUGGCUUUUACCAAAAAUGUUCCCGUGCUACUUAUGAAAGCGUUUGAAAUGUUUUUUUUUAUAAAGAUACAGCUUAAUGUGGAGAUAUAACCUUCAAAUCUUUUCUUUACAUAUUUUUUCUAUUAUGCAUUAUUUCAAAUAACAAAGACACGAGUCUUUCGAGAAGAGCCCGUGUGCACUCCUUCUCUCUCUCCCCGUUCAGCGUUUCCUGUGUCUUUAUAUAUUGUCUCCCCGCGCCCUUACUGGAACGAGACACAGGUGUUGGUUGUUUGUAUUUACUCCACUCACUUACCGCUCGUCUCCCGGCUCUCUCUCCUGCCGCAGACCUCGCUAAACCAUGCCCCCCUCGCCACAUAAACAUUU